CUUCACUGCCGCCUGCACUCGCAUUCGCAUUCGCAUCUACGCAUUGCAAUGACAGCACCCGCAGCUGCAGCAGCAGCCGCAGCGGCACCGGACCUGGCGGCGCUGGGCCCAGCAGUUGCAUUUGCAGCUGUGACUGCAGCAUUAAUGGCUGCUGCUUUUGCCGUUGUGGCUGCAGCAUGCGAGCAAGACCACGUGGAGGAGGAGAGCGUGACGCCGCCCAAGAAGCGACGCCGGCGCGCAGGUUGAGGCCGGCCGGUGUCUGGUUUGCAGUCUUUGCUGGUGAGCGUAGCACAGCAUGUACCCCGUAUGUGGUCAGCCGCAGUGCUGUGGCUAGGGCAUUUCCUGCUGUUUGGCUCAUUGCUGGCUGUGCUUGUGCUUGACAGCGGGACGUGGCUGGACGCAUGGCGGGCCGUGCCUGUACGAACAGACUCCGGUUAUGUCCGGGAGAUGAGGUAGACGCUUGCGCGGACAGGCAGAGCGAACGGGUGAACGGGCGGACCGCAGGGUUAGGCGACGGGGCCCACAACUGUGGCCACACGCGGCGCAAGUACUCUUGCACGUUUUUGUGCGUGUUUCGUCGUAGCAACACAGUCCACGGUAGACGGCUGAAUAUUUCUGGCCUAGAAGUCAGCAGACUUCAAAUAAAGACGCCGGGCACGCGACGGAGACACACCCGACACGCCCCGACUUGCGCGGCUGCGCCCCGACUGGCACAGCCCCUCGCCACCCACGGUCUCCCCCGCGCCCAACGUAUUUUGCUGUCAAUCAAGGAGGCUUUCACCUGUGGUGCAAAUUUGCAAUGGUCCAUGACGCAAACGAUGAACGGCAUGCGUGACAUUGACCGGCUGCCACCGUAAUGCACGUGUCCAUGGCAUUGUGGCCCCAGACGUGCCAGCACCUACAGGCCCGGGUACGGUUGAUAGGCAUGUUUCAACAUAGCGCGUGGCCGUGCAAAUCCUGGUAGGAGACGUGAUUCCGGGCGUGGUGCGAAUGGCCGGUGACCGGGUGGCUGCGAGCAUGUCGGAUGGCAUGGGAGAUUGCAUGGCGUGCUUUGAACCUCUGGUAUGAGCAGGGGAGCUGGCAAGGGUGGGCCCCGGGCUGCCCCGGGUGGGCUGUAGGAGAAACCCCACAAAAGUGG